GGGGUCUCAGCAUAAGAUCUGUUUGUGAAGCACUAGCGUCCUCUGGAGCAUGAAGCAUGUUGUUGCAGACCAGCCCUAAAGUUUCCUUACACCGUCGCUUAGUUUGUUUCCAGGGGGAAAUGAUUUCAGUGACACCUGCUUUAAUUGAACGCGGUAGGACUGAUUAACUCUCGCUUAUGUGAAGUUUACCCUGCUUGAUUGUUAUAUAUUGGCCAUUAAAAAAAAGAAAGAAAAAUAAACACUGGUUGACCCCUAAAUACAGAAUCCUUUAUGAAGUACCAUAGAAAAGCUUAACAAGGUCUAAUAAUAAGAAUGAAAUGUUCCCAUCAUCAGCUGAAAAUUCAGGGAAAUGCUACAAUCAGCCAUUAUUUGGAUCGUUUGCAUCUUCUGAGGACUUUGAGACCAAUGGCUCUGACAGAUAUGGUGCCUAUGAAUCUUUUGGACUUGGGGCUUUGAACACUGAAGAAGCAGAUAGCGUUUUUGAUCAUUCUAAUGGAGGGUACAGUGACACUUGUUCAUCCUGGGGUGCAGACGCCUCGUCAAAUUGCAUCAGGCCCUUCGUCAUGUCUUCCCAAAGGUCCAGGUCUCCGUUUUCGGACAGUGGCAGAGAGAGUUCAUACUCCACAUCCAAUCUCUCCGAUUACUCCAGCCUGAACUCUCCUUCACACUCUUGGUCAACUCCGAUUGGCUCACGGGGCAGAGACAUGCACCCAUAUGUGCACAGAAACUACCAGGGAAUAGGUGCUGCUGCACCUGAGGCUAAAGGACAAGAUUUAGGGUGCUCUAGUCAGAACCCGUCUAUUUGCAUAGAGAGAUACUACUCAAAAUCAGCUGCUUCGGUGAUUCGAGGGACCAAAAGGAAGAUGAUGGAACCAGUACCUCCUUGCAAGUUGGUAAAAAAAAAGAGGAUAAUCAGAGCUACUCCCAGCAUAAGCACUAUUGUGGGACCGCACAUUUCAAAGGAGAGUUGUAUUUCUUCCCAUUCCAAGGAAAUGAAUAAAGAGCAUGAGCUUGGUAGGAAAGUUCGAGCCAGAGAGAAGCGCAGAAGACGACGCAAGAAGAAUCAUGAAAAAUAUGGAGACAAGCACAGGUGGGCUUUUACAUGUGCUUUUUGUAAAUUCCACACAUUUGAAGACAAAGACAUUGAGAAACACUUUGGAAGCACAUAUCACAGAGAGACUCUUGACUAUAUACGACGGCAGGCCAAAUUUGAUGACAAGGUCAUCAGUUUUUUGCAUGAUUGCAUGGUUCACAAGUUUCAUAAAACUGUCUCUACCCUACACAAACUCAAGUCUACCUGUGGACGAAGCAAAGAUGAAUGGGCAAAAAUAAUGGAAGGCGUGACAGAAGAUGAUUACAUGACAAGAAUGGAGGUGGUCUACUGUGUUGCAUGUGACAUUUACAUUCCUGUGCUCUUCAGCUCUGUACAGCAACAUCUUCAUUCAGUCACACACCUCAAGAGCAAAGUGGCUUAUAAGGACCAGUUAAAAAGAGACAGCGUGGUCACAGCUAAAGCCAUAAUAAAUAAUGAUAAUGUGAAGGUGCGCUAUGAGAAGUACAUGAAGGGAGAAGACCCAUUUGCAUUCGAUGCAAGUGACACAAGUUCUGAUUCUCAGGAUCCUGAGAGAUCUGAUGAUGCGGAGGAAGAUGAAGAAAAUAGUGCCUCAUAAUAAUGGACAAAAGGAGAAUUGAAUGGAGAAAAAGAGACAAGAGGAAAGGACUCUUUGUACUGUACUUUUCUUUAACUUCAAAUGCUCAGGAAUCUAUACAUUUCACAUCACCUUGCAAUGUCCUCUGAUAAAGUGUAGGCAUUUUUCUCCCUUUUUAUUAUUGUAUUCACAGUGCAGACUCCGAUGAAUUCCGUCUACUUGGGUCAGAUUGUACUGUGUUUGUAGUAUCUGUGUGAGUUUGUAAUAAUAUUUUUCCACUGUUCUGAAUGCCUUUAAAUUUUACAGCUUCAUAAUUAAAUGCAGAUGUUACAUUUUGUUCCCUAUAAUAUUUUGGAUGGGACAUUUGCCUUUUCACUGUUUGGUUUGAGAUGAGAUGGUGUGUUUACCAUUAAAUUUUCACUUUAAACUAGACGUGCUUGUUGUGAAAAUAUGUCAGCAUUAUCAUUCAUUUUACUCAUUAGAACUUUAUGUAAGACCAUCUGUAAGAGUACUUGCACCAGCUGCACUGGAAGUUACUGGAGGAAACAAUGACCGCUCUGAGC